AUGCUGUAUAUAAAUUCUAAGUGGUUAACUUUAUUUUCAGAAGAUAUCGAAUAUUCUACUACAGAAGAAGAAACGUCUACUGAUGAGCCAACAAUGGCGUUCUUUCGGGACAAGUUGGGGAAAAUUCUAUGUAUUAGUACAAUGAAGAUAAUAGUUAUCAUAGUUUACUUUCUGAAUUUAUUAUUUGGAAUAUGGGGAGCCUUAACUAUAACACACGGUGUUGAUUACACUAAGCUAUAUCCACAAAAAUCGGUAAUAACACAAGGUAUAAAAUUAUAUUAUAAUAGUUUCGGCCGUUAUACGUUUCCGUACCAAAUAGUCAUUAAUAGCACACUUGAUUAUUCAGAUUUAAAUGUACAGAGGACUAUAGAUGGAUUACUUAAAAAAUUCGAAAGUCUCCCACACAUUGCAGAUUCUCGAUUUACAGUAUCUUGGUUAAAAUAUUACAAGGAAUUCCAAACUCACUCGCUAGCAAAAUAUUCAUUACGAGGAUAUAACAUGUCGGUUAAAGAAGAUUUCUUGGAUGGGCUUCGCAAUGUUUUUCUGAAAUUUAAAUCAGCAGAACAAUUCACCAAUGAUAUCGCAUUCAAUUCUGACGGAUCCGAUAUUUUAAGUAGCAGAUUCCACAUUCUUGUAAAUGAUACGCUAAGUGCAGAAGAUGAAAUAGAAAUGUUAAAAAAUCUGUGGAAAAUUGCUGACGAAUUUGAUUUUCCUGUUCUCGUUUACGCAGCAUUAACUCCUCUGUACGAACAAGGAAUUAUAAUUGGAUGCACAAUUAGAGAUUUACUUUGGAUCACUUCACUAUUGGUUAUGAUUUUAUUUAUAGUUAUCGUACCGAACAUUGUCGUUGCUUUUCUCGUAGCAAUAUCGGUAUCAUCCACCAUUGUAGAAACUUUAGGAUACAUGUCUCUUUGGGGUAUAAACAUGGAUAUUUUUUCAAUGAUGAGCCUGAUAUUAUGUGUCGGAUUCUGCGUCAAUUAUCCGGCUCACAUGUCUUUCGCUUAUAUUUGUUCUUUGUAUCAAACCCCCAAUGAAAGAAUGAAAGACAGUCUGUAUCGUAUCGGCUAUCCAAUAUUUCAAGGAUCUCUGUCAACCAUUUUAGGAAUUUUAUUUGUAUACAGAGAUAUGUACGCUUUUAUUAUAUUUGUGAAAGUAGUAUUUCUUAUCGCAAUAGAAACUGCUUUUCAUGCAUUGAUGUUCAUUCCUGUUGUUUUUUCUUUGAUUCCUCCAUUUUUUUAA